UAGUGUGGAUUUUGACUCUGAAACAUUUCAAAAUUACACUAAACAACAAAAUAAUAAUUCUAAGGAAGCAAAAACAUAUUCAUUAUUUUUAGCUGCAAAAGAAUCUUCUUGUCCUUUUAAGAAAGAUAAUAAUGUAUCUUGUGAUGGAAAAGCUCGUCUUGGAAAAAUUGCCAAUUAUCAGCAGACUGAAACAACAAAGUAUUUCAUUGGAUGUGACAAAUAUAAACAAAAUGAAAAAUGGCAUCGAUUUAUUAAUAUUAAGCCAGAAGAAACCAACAUUUCAUUACUUCAACAAUUAUUUUCUGGUACUGCAUCUAUACAAGAAUUAUCACAAUGCAGUAUGAUAAUUCCAAGGAGUUGUAAGCGUAAAAAAUGUGAUAUGCCACAUACAGAUAAUGGAGCUGUUGUUCGUGGUGAA